CUACGAGCAAAACCCCGGAGCCCUGACGCCCUACUUCCAAGAGCUGUUUGAGCAUCUGGACAGCGGAAACUCUUCGGUCAAAUCCUACAUGAAGAUGCUUCUACAGAAGGUGGCCAAGUAUCAACCGGAUCUGUUCACAGGUGAAAACAUGGACGUCCUAAUGAAGGAGGCCCUGGAAGAUUCUUUACUUCAGAUAGUCGUUCUAAUGAUCGUCGAGGAGAUAGCCAAGCGAAGACCAGAGAAGUUGACGCCCUUCAUCGAGCAGCUGACGACUCCACACCUCUGGAACCCCAACUGUUCAUACACCAUCAGCAACAUGUUACAAUACUACGCCGUGAGACAGGAGGGCAACGAGGCGUCCAAGGUCAUGGACUACAUGAUAAAAGUGGUUCAAGGCUCACCGGACAAAGUUGCAGUCGGGACAGCUCUGAACUCCAUACGACUGAUCGGCUUCAAACACCGACCUGUCUUGGAGAGGUACCGCGGUGUGAUUGAGCAAUUUCGCGACACCACGAAAGACAACGACCACCACAGCGGCUGCACCGCCAUCAUCGACAUGCUGGACGGGAAAAGUCUCGACAAAGUCGCGGCAGAAAUGAAAGCGCUUCAGGAGGACGUGGCGGACCUAGAGAUUCGUGUCAUCACCGUUGAGACCGACGUCGUCGAGGUCAAGGACACCGUGCGUGUCCAAGGAGAAGAUCUUGGCAGAGUCAAGGACGAGGUGGCGGAGCAUGGUCAACGCCUGGACCAGGUGGAGGAGACGGUGGAAGUGACUGUAGCCAAAGUGGAAGAGAUUGAUGGAAAAACAUUGAGUCACGCACCAUUCUGGUCACGUGACGUCUCCAAGCUGUUGAACCCUGACACCGAACAUGACUGGCGCCUGCUCAGCCGUCGUCUGGGCUACAACAGCGACGACAUGAGGGGGUGGGCGCAGCAGGCGGACCCCUGUAUGGCGAUGCUCAACGAGUGGUACGCCACGCACAAGACAAGGGACGCAACCUUCGCCGUGCUUACCGCCCUUCAAGACAUGAGUCGGGAGGAUGCUGCUGCUAUUGUGGAAAAUGCCAUGAAGAAUGCAGAGGCUGUGGUGGAGGACGAGGAGUUCGAGUACGCCACUCCGCCUGACGUCUUCCUCAGCUACCAGUGGGGUCACCAGAACGAGGUGCGGUUGCUAAGGCAACACCUAGAAAUGGCUGGCUACAGCUGCUGGAUGGAUGUAGGGCAGAUGGGAGGCGGAGACAAACUCUUUGAAAAGAUAGACUCUGGAAUCAGGGGAGCGAAGGUGGUCAUCUGCUGCGUCAACGAAAAAUAUUCAAAGUCUCCUAAUUGUAAUAGAGAGGUGAACCUAACAGUCAGCCUCGGCAAGCCCAUCAUCCCUCUCUUGAUGGAGCAAACAACAUGGCCGCCCCCAGGCUCCAUGGGCCCCAUCUUCAGCGAGUAUCUCUUCAUUCGCUUCUUUCAAAGAUCAGGCGAGGAGACAAAGGACUCCAGAUACUGGCCGCUGUCCAAAUUCCAAGAACUUCUCAUGCAACUCUCUCUGAAUGGAUUGAUGCCAGACGAAGCUGCGGUUCAGCCAGAAUAUAAAAACUGGUGGAUCCCUAAGACGGAAGAGAUAAAGGUUGACAAAAGCAGACAGAAGGCAAAAAUUCAAUCAAGUGUUAUUGUUACUGAUCCUGGUUCUACUAAGGUGACAGUCGCACCAGAGGUGUUCAUCUCAUACCAGUGGGGGAGACAACCUCAAGUGGUGCGUCUGUACAGGGCUUUGACGUCACAGGGCUUCACGUGCUGGCUGGACAUCAUGCAGAUGGGAGGAGGAGACUCGCUGUUUGACAAGAUUGACAAGGGGGUGCGCGGGUGUCGUGUGGUCGUCUCGUGUGUCACCCCGAAAUAUGCUUUGUCAGCAAACUGUCGCCGAGAGGUGAGCCUGGCCGACGCUUUGAAGAAGCCGCUGGUGCCACUGUUGCUGGAGACAACAUCCUGGCCACCCCCUGGCCCAAUGGGUCCAGUCCUCACGCAGCUUCUUUACAUCGACUACACCGACCCCACCCUGCAGGAGAAGUGGACUGGACCGAAGUUCCAGGAGUUGGUAGCCAAGAUCAGAGAAAAUGUUCCCACACAUGACUCCAGCGCAAACUCACUCACUCAAGAACAACUCCACACCCAGAGUGACGCCCCGCAACCAGCAGACGACUCGGGGGGAAAGCCAGCGUCCCUGGCAUCAGUACACUCUGGGGUUCAUGACCCUGCGCACCAACAGCUCCAGGGUAACGGGACAAUCCAGAGCGACCCUCAACCAGUGGACAGAUCUCUGCAGGAAAGGCAGCCACCUCCACGUUCUCCACACACAAAGGAAGCGCCUCAAGUGGCCAACAGUUCUUGUUGUCUACUCCAGUAAAAUAUAAUAUAAAAUGUUAAUUAUCUUUUCCGCUAUUAUUUGUGACAUAAAGUUCGCUCAUGAGACAAUUUUAUCAAGUGACUAAGUAGCCAGACUGUCGUGCGUGGCAUCAAUCAUCUCACGGUAAUCACUUGCUGUAUUAUCAAUUAUUUUAAAACACGCAGCGCUUACCUGAUUUCUUAUUUUUUAUUUUUGGUUUGUUAUUGUUUUUAAUAUAAGACAAAAAUAGCAAAAUCUGUGAUACUUCUAGGGUAAACAUUUGUGAUAUACAAGUUCCAGCCCUCAAGCAUUUCUGACAAAGGUAAUGAUUUAAUUCAUCCGUCCAGGGACUUUGAAAUGUCGAACCGUCAAGCGGCCAUUUUAUUCAAUAUGUGUCUCAUUAUCAAGUUGUGAAACACGUUGCGUGCUCUAAGGAAUGUUCAAGACAAAAUCCUGUUCAUCUACGUUUUGACUGCAUUAAUCAUGCAAUAUUUUUACGAUUUGAGUCUCCUCGUGAAUAAAGGUUUUA